AUGUAUGACUACCAUUACAACGUGAUGCGGCGGCACUAUAACGACUCGAUUAGACUAAUGUAUAUGGAUACAGAUUCCCUGAUCUAUCGAAUACAUACGGAGGAUUUCUAUAAGGACCUGCUCGACAACCCCGCGCUCCUCGAGCGGAUGGACACCUCGAAUCUCCCCGCCACACACCCCUGCUACGUUGGUACGCGUAAGAAGAUCCCCGGGCUSUUCAAGGACGAGACGGUGGGCCGAACUAUGCACGAGUUCAUCGCACUCCGGGCUAAAUCUUACGCGUAUAAAAUCGAAGGGGACGAAAAACUCGUGGCCAAGGGGAUUCGAGGGCAUGUGGUGCGAAAUCAUAUGACGUUCGAGGAUCAUAAGCGCUGUCUGUUCGAGGUCGACGACGAGCUGAAACGGCAAAACGUGUCGAUCCGAUCGUUUGAGCACCGCGUCAAAACGAUUAAGACCGUGAAAAUGAGUCUUAAUCGUUUCGAUGACAAACGCGUUGUCGACGACGAUCGGAUACGUACGCGUGCUUACGGGUAUUACGCACUAAGCGUGUGA